CUAAGUGUCACGUGCAUGCAUACAACGUCACUUAGUAAACAAAAAAUGGCGAUGUUUUCUUCUGCUGACAACUAGGAUCUACAUCUAAUAAAAUAUGUAAAUUUAUCGCAGUAAAAAGGGGAAUAGUGUACGAUUAAAUCCUCAGAUCAAUAAAAUGAUGAACAGUCACGUGAUACUUUCAAUAAGUCUUUUUUGUAUCUUUGGUGUUCUUGAUGGUACUCACAGCCUUACGCCACUAGACAUGAAAAUCGAGGGAUAUGAAAAGGAGUGCGAUGAUGCCAACAACUGUGUAUACACCGGUCGAAUUUAUGGACGCAUCACCGGCGAUUUCAGCACUACCAAUGGCUGCUUCGCGAUUUUUCUGCAACAUUGCUAUACAAACUUGGAUUGUUCCCAUUAUUCGCCUAAUUGGCAAAAGAAUGUUUAUUCCCAGGGAACUGUUUUUCAAAAGGAUGUCAACAAAUGGGUAAUGAUGAUCACUGCUACUGUGAAGAUAAGAGCAACCCUUACAGAUUCAGAUUUCGCCCCCAAUUCAAGAAUUCGUGGUAUGUGCUUGCAGCAUACUCAUUGCACCCAAUGGAACCUAAACCCUAUAAUUUCAGCGAAAAAUUUGAUGUUUCAAAUCCACCAGUGGAAUUGAGAAAUGAUGCAUUUUUGGCCUCCACCAACGGAAAACUCCAGUUGCAAGCAGAACCGGUCAUUAUAAUCAUUAUAAUCAUGGGAGCGCUGUACGCUUUGAUCAUGUCCAUGGAAAUGCCAAUCAAAGAUAUAAUUUAGUCCAAUGUGCGAAUGAUUAGCUAUUUGAUCAGAAGUGUUGUAAUUUAGCUCUAAAAAUGUUAUUGAGCUAAAUCCAAUAAUGAUAUUUGAUUAUUUUGCUAACUCUAAAAAACACUUUUGGCAUGCAUUUUUAUUUCCAUCUAAGUGCAAUUUAAACUAAAAUUGAUUAACCGACGAAAACAUCUUUUGUCGGUCCUAACUAUAGUUGUUUAUGGGUUUUCUAAAAUAUAUUUUGUUUUAUUUUUAUCUUCUAAAUGCUUUCUCAAUACAUUAAACAUAGUGUCCACCAAUUGUUCGACACAUUUUCUCGUAAAUAAGUGGUUCACAUCGCUGGUGUACGAUCUUUUUUUUUGUAAAGGGAUAAAACAACAUUAAAAUAAGUAUUACAUAAUGAUCAGGUAACUUUCAAAAUAGAUUGUUCAAUAUACAAAUACACAUUAACAAUAAUGUAAACAAACACUGCACAAUAAAGGCAAA